UAUUAAAAAUGACAAUUGAAAGAACCAAUGUUGAUACUGUUUUGUUUCCAUCUAUUUAACAACCUAAAAAGUGAACAUGCCAACUGAUUACCGAAGAUUUAAUGGGCCCGAAGAUAGUAUUUCAUAUAACCGUUUUACUAAAGAAUAUUUGAAAAGUUAUGAAGACUUGCACAAAGAUUUAAUUGACGAAAAUGGACUUCGAAAAGACGGGCGCUCCUUGGAUGAGGCGCGAAGCUUGCAGAUGUUCUUUGGCCGUACCGAUAUGAUCUCACAAGCGAAAGGUUCGUCAUACAUAGAACUAAAGAAAACAAAAGUUGUGUGUUCCGUUUUCGAUCCUAGGGAAAUUGUGCACCAAAAUGAAUUUUGUGCACUUGGCCAACUCUAUUGCGAAGUUAAAUUCGCGCCAUUUUCGUGUCCUCGACAAAGACGGCCUCUCGCUCCUGACUCCGAAGAAAAAGCAUUAUCAGUAGCUCUUAGAAAAGCUUUAGAACCGUCAGUAUGCAGGCAUCUAUUUCCUAAUUAUCAGAUAGACAUAUUUGUAUACAUUCUGGAACAUGAUGGAUCAUGUUUAGCAGCAGCAAUAACUGCAGCUGGUUUAGCUCUUGUAAAUGCCGCUGUUCCCAUGUAUGAUAUAAUGACUGCUUGUUCUGUCGCUAUAAUUGGUGACCAGAUGUUUGUAGACCCUACGGAAGCUGAAGAGAAUGUUGCAAUAAUGAACCCAGAGAAAAAUGACAUAAAUAAUGGACUCAUUACAAUGUCAAUGAUGCCAAAUUUAAAGCAAAUUUCAGAUUUCAGGCAGAUUGGCUCAAUAAAUUUUGACUGUAUUAUGAAAACUAUGGAAAUAUUACAGAAAGAAUGUUUAAAAUUCCUUCCAAACAUUCAGCGGAUUUUAGUUCUAAAUGUUAGGAACUGUUUUGCACAGCAAAAGUUAUUGGACAAGGAGGCAAAAGAACGGGAAGCAGCUCUCAAUGCAAAGAUGGAGGAAUGGAAGGCAUUAUUAAAUAAUGAAUGA